CUCGUUAGCAUUCUAGCAGGAAAAGAUGAAAUACACUCGCAUUUAGUAGUAAGUAAUACCUUCCGGAGUGGCUCCAAAAGCAGUUCCAACCAAUUUCUGAUUCUUCACCUCGCUCUCACAAAUCAAGGUUUCAUCUUCUCAUAGUCUUUCAAACCCUAGAGCUUCGUUUUCCUUUCCUCAACUACAUUGUCUACGGUUCUUUCUCUUUUGAGGAUUUUCUUAUGUAAAACUACCUGUACCUUCCUUACUUUGGAACUCAACUCACAGUAUCUUCCUCGAAUCAUCUUAAGGGGGAUUUGGGUUUCCGUUACAUUUCCUUUUCAUCCCCGUGAUUUAUCUCUAAUAAUAUGAGUACAUUAUACUGAUCGUAUAGACAUGAGUCGAAUCAAAAGAGCUAAAAGAGAGUCCUGUUCUUCCUCAUCAUCGAUUUAUCUAGAUUCUGAUUAUAAACACAAGUAUGAAACAAUUUUUUCUGACAAGAAUGUGAUUUCAGAGAGAUUUAUAGAUUACGAGACUUUCCCAAAUUACCCAAUUUCACAAUGUUUUAGUGGAAACAAUAUGAUUAAAAGUUUUCUUCACAUUCAAGGUCCUGCUCCUCUAGUUCCGGUUCGUUUAUUUUACAACCAUAUACAUUCUUGUUCCCCAGAAGAUCAAUGUUUUCAGACGUUUAUUGAGGGUAAAAUACACAAGAUUACUCCUGAUGUUAUUGGUAAUGUUCUUGGUUUGGUAAGACCUACUGACGCUGUUCCAUACCCUCCCACUAGUGAGGAUGAUUUGAUAGUGUCAGAAGAGAAGUUCAGAAAUGCUGUUUAUUUGAAUGAGUAUCUCAACAUGCCAUGUGAUAACCGUAACAUUAAACUGAAGCAUUUAAAACCUAUCAUCAGUGUGUUGGUUAGAAUAUGUCAGUUGAAUAUUCUUCCUAAAGGAAGUAAUUAUCAGAAUACUAACUUGGAAUCAGUUUACCUCUCGCUUUUACUUCUGCAUGGUUAUCCUGUUGAUCUCUCAUAUCUGAUUUGGCAUACAAUGGCUUUUAUUAGUCCAGACCGCCGACUUCGGAGUGUUCCGUACGGAAUCAUUGUUGGCCAGUUGUUGUCUUAUCUGGGUCACCCCUUUCCAGCGGACUGUCUUUGCGCUGAUGUGCCUGAUCCUUUAGAUUUGAAAUUCUUGUCUCGAUUUCGUCUUCCUUGUGAUCCUCAGUACAUCAGGGAUGGACCACUGUAUGAGCCAAGCUCGACUGGUACUUCUCUGUCUUCUCCUCCUCCAGCUGCCAGCAGUGAUGACCAGAAAGAUCCUUCUGCAGAGCCAUCUGUAUCAUUUGAUCAAGUUCACCUUUUUAGCUCUAUCCAGUCCAUUCAGCACACCAUGGAGGUUGUUCUUUCUUAUUCCGAACAGCAACAUAAAGAGUUAGGACAGCAGCGUGAGAUGAUAGAUCGUGUAGCUCGUCAACAAGAUUGCCUUACUAGAGUUCUUGCACAAGGGCAUGAUGGACCUUCAAAUGAACCUAAUGUUCCUCCUCCUCCUAGUGUGGAUGAUGAUGUAGUUGUUUAUCAUAGUGAGCUCCCACUUCCUAAUGAUUCUCCCACAGAAUCGUCUGGGGAAGUAGUUCGUUUAUCAAAAUUAAUCCAGUCCCUUGGAGAUACCGUGGAGGUUAUUCUUUCUCGUUUUAAGCAGCAACAGGAAGAGUUCAUGCGACAGAAAGUUACAGUUGAUUAUCUUGCUUGCCACCAAGACCACCUUGAGCAGCAAUUUGUACAACAGCAAAAGAUGAUUUCUAAAAUUGCUAUCCAACAAGAUCGCUUUGAGCAGCAACAUGAGGAGUUUCUGCGACAGAAAAAGGUGGUUGAUCGUAUUGGUCACCGACUGGACCGCCUUGAGACGAUUGAUUGCAUAGCUCAUCAGCAGGAUUGCCUCGAUAGAGUUCCAGCUCCUGAUCACGUUAUUCCAGCUGAUGGUGACAGAGCGGUGAAGGUGGAAACCGUUCCGUGUUACUCAACUUUGGAUCAACCAGUGGAAGCAUCUCAGCUAUGUCCAGUACUCCAUACUCCUCAUCCAUAUCCUCAUCAGAAGAAAAAUUUGCAGGCAGAGGUGCACUUGGAACAUGAAAUUUGUCAGAAAUGUGGCCAAUUUGAUGACAUGGGGACCGAGAUAUUAAUUCCCUGCAAAAUGUGUAAAGUUCCUGCCAAACACCGCAAUUGCUUAGAUACAGCACCCAAAUCUGAUGAUGAGGAACCCUACUGGUUUUGUGAUGGAUGCACACAGAAAAAUUGCUCGAGUCUCCACAAGUUUAAUUACCAACCAAACCAAUGAACUAUAUCACAUAAUGUGAAGAAAAGUACCACAGCACCAAA